GUCUGCGAAGUGACGCACGAAUUUCGCAUCGGUACAGCAAUGCUAAGCUAAAGUAACAGUAGGCGCGUGUCGUAGGUUCUUAUUUUAACACCUUACCUGUCAAAUAAACCGUCCUGGCCCGCGUGGAAGACCUCGUUACACUUUUCUCGCAUUUGUCUGGGAUGUAUAAAUGGAUAGUUGACUCCAUUUCGUCGUUGUUUGAGCCCAUAUCGAGCCAAAACACACCAGACUUACCCGGGGAAAGUAUCGAUUGCGAGGAGGAAUUCACUCGAACCUGCGUGAAAGCUGCUGGACAACGGCUGGGUAGCAGCGCGAGACCGGCAAAACGGAACUAUCAGAGUGUUUACGUCACAGAGGAUUUCUGCCAGAGCGACCAGAUAGAAGCGAAAAGACGAAAGCGAGAUGUAGUGAUCACCUUUGUGAAGAAGACUUUUGCUGGGGUGACCCGUCUACUCAGGCUACAUAAACCUCCUACAUCCCAGUGUGAGAAACGGAAUGGAUAUGAAGGGUGGCAGCCUGUCACUCUGAUGGGUAUUGAUGAGCUUCAGAUGUCAUGGCUCCACAGUACUGAGUCUGGAAUGGAUAAGGCAGUGAGUGGGUUCAAUGAGAAGAGCGGGAAUAAUCCCUUUCAGAGCUCCUUGCCUCCCUUAAUGAGGAAAUACAGUGGGACGGCUCUUACUGCAGGGCUACCAGACAGAGGGAGGGACAAGGAGAGGAGAGGCUCUCUCCAGCUGCUGCCUUCCAGACCAGUGUUCAGGGUGGGGACUGCUAACCCUGACCUGAUGUGCUCUGCCACUGGACACAACCGCUGCUCUAAACCAAGUCUUACUGUCGAAGAGGCCAUAAAACAGAAUGACAAGGAGCACUACAGGCGCUUAUUGGAAACAGUGAGAGAAAAAUACAGCAAAAGUCAACCUCUACCCUUUAGUCAAACAAAACCACAAGAUGAAUUGCUCUCACAGGUUAGCCACAAAACUGAAGCCUCUGGAAAAUCUUUUGAUUCUGUGUCCUGGAGAGUGGGAAAUCCAGCUGCGCCAAACGUGUUCACACACAGAAACAUGUCAGCCACUACAAACAGGUGGGGGAGCUUGACCUUAGGUAAAUCAGUCACUGGAAGCUUUGAAGACACACACCCUGUUAGAUGUGCAAAGGCUAAACAAACGGCAGAGCUGGACCUUUCUGCAGAAGUAGCUACACGGCUGACUUUAGUGGACAGAAGUUCUUCUGCUGGGAGCAUUUAUGACGCACAACCUUUAUACACAACAUAUGCAAGACACAGUGAUGAAGACUUACCAAGGCUGACCAGGGAAAUGGCAGCAGAGGUGAGUGGAGCUCUAACCCAAAGUGAUCCCAACCGGGUUUUAAGUUCCGCUUUCAAGCUGCGAAUCACACAACGAGACCUGGCCACGCUGCAGGAAGGAGGCUGGCUCAAUGAUGAGGUUAUAAACUUCUAUCUUUCCCUGAUCAUGGAGCGCUCCUCCGGAGAGCCGAGCAGGCUGAAGGUGUACUCCUUUAGCACCUUCUUUUUCCCCAAGCUGCGGGGAGGAGGGCAGGCUGGAGGGCAUGCUGCUGUGAAGCGCUGGACUAAGACUGUCGACCUUUUCCUGUUUGAUCUCAUUCUGGUUCCUCUGCAUCUUGGUGUUCACUGGGCAAUGGCUGUUAUAGAUUUCAGGUCAAAAACAGUGAAAUCAUAUGACUCGAUGGGUCAGAGACACGAUGACAUCUGCAGUCUACUUUUACAUUACAUUAAGGAGGAGCACAAAGCAAAAAAAGGCAAAGAACUGGACAGUGCCAAAUGGACGAUUGGGAGCCUAAAGGCCUGUGAAAUUCCCCAGCAGAAAAACGGGAGCGACUGCGGUGUUUUUGUUUGUAAAUAUGCAGACUUUAUUGCAAAAGAAAAGUCCUUCACCUUUAAGCAGUGCCACAUGCCUCUCUUCAGGAAAUUAAUGAUUUGGGAGAUCCUCCAUCAGAAGCUGCUAUAAAGGGUUGCACUGAAAAGGUCCUUUCAGUGGGAUCAUCAGAUUUGUACACGGAUGUCAUGAAGAAUGAAUGGACCAAAGAGUUGGACUUGACUGGUUGAAAUUUCAUCCAAGAACAUACAAGCAAAACACUAGUCUUAAUAUUAUGUUUGUCUCUUCCCAUGAUGGGGACAUUAAACACCAUUAUCUGAAUGAAUUAGAGAUUCUUGCCGCGUGGUAAUGGGUUGCGCAAACUUUGGCACUACUGACUGAAUGAAUGGCUUUUUAUUGACUUAGUUCAAGUUAAUGUUCUGCCAUAAUGUGUUGCUAAAAGUGCCUUUAGCCCUCUAACACAUAUUUUAAGUGUGCGUAAGAUAUUUGGGAUAAUGUUUAGAUUUUUGAGCUCAGAGGAGCCAGACUCACAAGUCAAUAAAUACAAUUGCUGCAGUUCACUGGUGUUGCUUUCUAAUUGUUUUCCUUCCAGGAAAGUUAAAGUGGAAGGAAAACAAUGACAUUACAAAAGAUUAAAUACUUUUAUGUUAGACAGACGGUGAAACUUUGGAGACACUUGAUGUUUGGAUGUUCAUUUCUGAAUAAAAAGCAUGACUGAGAGCUUAACAUUUAUUUAUUAAUUUUCUGGAUGAGAAAUUGCUUUGUGUGUAAAUGUUUGUAUAAAGUUGUACUUCCAAAACA